CUGCACUUCCCUGGAUGUUGUUUUUCUUGCUGCACUAAUGUUUGGUACAUUUUGGUACAAAGUAGCGUCGUACUGCAUUUUUGCAUUGUUAUUCUCAAAAAACUCGAAACAAACUUUGCCAGUGUAAAGUGAUCGGGAAGUUUCAAAAAAUGGGCCCAAAGCUAGCCCCGAAAUGUGCUCAUUGCCAAAUUGGCACGUCGGAUAAAUGGCAAACCAUUGAAAAAGGUGUCACUGUUUGCGUUCCGUGUUAUGAAAAGCACGAAAAAGUUCAACAGGAACUUGAGGACGAGCUUAAAGUCAUACAAUCGGAACCCGUGAAACAAGAGGUUGGUAGCGAAGAACCAAGUGUAUCGGAGGCCACCAAUCUAGAACUGAAACUUUUGAUGGAAUCGGCCGAAAUCGAGAGUGAGAAAAAAAUUGAAGCAAAAAGAGAGUCCGCUGAAGAUGCUAAAGAGGAGCCAGGAGGCAAUGAAAAGGAGGAGAAGGACUCAACCGCAGACACCAAAGAGAAACCGAUGCCUUCGCUUAGUCCGAGGAAGCUGCGGAAGAAUGUAAGAAGUUCACGAAAAGGUGGAGCCGGAGGUUCUGGGGGCAAUGGAAGCAAAACGGGUCGCUCGAGAAGGUUUAUUUUUAAGAAAAACCCGAUGAAAGCUCCUAACAUUACCGUUACUACACGCACUGUAGAGACGCUGUUUCACAACAAUAUUUACUACCAGCUUGGGGACAUUGUUUCGGUGAUCGACGCUAAAGGCAACACAUAUUACGCACAAAUCCACGGAUUGCAAAUCGAUUCUUAUUGUGAAAAGUCUGCCUAUAUAACUUGGCUGCUUCCGACCACUUCAAGUCCUCCCCCGAAUGAAAAGUUCGAUCCUGCCACCUAUCUUAUUGGCCCGGUGGAAGACCUGCCACGUAAACUCAGCUGCAUGGAGUUUGUGAUGCACGCUCCGAGCAACUACUAUCUAGAUCGACACAAUCCGUAUCCCAGGCCGGAUACCUGGGGACCGGAAAAUACCUCCCAAGAGGAUAAUUCCAACUACGUUUGGGCCAACAUUGCUCAUUUGUAUCAAUGCUGAGCUUGUAUUGUAAUUAACACGAGAUUAAGUUUCAUUCACAUUAAGUGAUUUAAUACAAUUGUUCUAUCCACUAUGUAUUUCAUUUGAAUAAAAAAAAAAUUACUCGCAACUUCUGUU